CCUUGAGGUAUCACCGAUAAAUUGCGCGCCCUGAUCGGGAACCACGAAACUUCGAAAAUGAUUAUGGCGUUGGGUUGGGUUGGGUUGGGCUGGGUUGAUUCACUUUGAUGAUGAUGACAUGAGAGGUUCGCGGAUAACGGGGAUCCGACUAGGACUGUCUUGCUUUCUGUACUUAUUCCGUUGCCGGUGCGGGUCCACGAAGCAUUCUGGCAUCAUUUAUUCCCUCCAACAAACCGACAUCGAUCGUUCCCUCGCCGACCGCCGGUCCCCGGCCGCCGAGCCGUUUGCGGCAGUUAGCAGAGCCGAGAUUGACGAGCCGGGUGCGAAAGAGCGCUCGAUGGGCUCUAGGACACUUGGGCACGGGGAGAGAGACACGAACAUGGAAGGGCCAGCCUCAGAUUGGGUUUUAUUGUUCAGUACCAUCUGUAUCACAUGUAUCUUAGCCUUUCUUGGUCGAUAGCAAGCCUAUGGAGUUCAAGGCCAUCGUUUUGCUGGCGAGACCUCGAUGGGGAGUUAACCGGGUGAGGCAUCCUUCCACGGCGACCGUGUUGGGCAGUCAACUGGCGAAGCGCUGCGGCGAUUU